CUCAUUUCAGUGCGUAGUGAACCGUAACAAGACAGAUCCCUCUGCUUUCCUUCACAUGUUGUGAUGACGAAGGUGCCCGCAGUUGCAGCGAUUGGCACUUUUGGGAGGGGCUCUUGUUCUGUUUAUAUCAGCUAAGCACUUUCCUCCACUGCCGUAAAAACACUUUUUUUCUUCCAACCAGCCAUUGAUCCACAAUCUGACUGCCCCCCUUUGCAAUACAAUAAGUGGCGGUAUGUCAUCGGUUAUGAUUGCUAGGCUUUGUUCAGAACCCUCUCUCAAUCCUGCAUUCCGACUGCCCGACACUUCUUCCUCUCAAUCCGGUGCUUCGGUUGCUACGACCAAAAAAUACUCCCCUACCUCGACUCCGAUCAUGUACUCCGCUCGCAGUCCAUUGGAGGAUUCCUUCAACCUUCAGCAGAACCAGGCCACCUCUCGGCCAUCAUUAAACCGACGCCCUACUCUGCUUCAACAAUCUGGCUUAUACACUCCUUCUUCACCGGAAGCCUCACGAUCAAACAGAUCAUACUUUUCUUCUGGUUUGCAAAGCGACCGCUCGUGGCCUGCAUCACCAUGGACUACCACCAACCCGAGAGAUUCGGGUUCUUCAGUAGGCUCCUCAAGAAUGUCUUCGGCAGGCGGAUUGGCAGUCGGCUCACAAAGAUCGCCAAUUCACCCCGUAUUUCCCCCAACACCGGAUUAUUACAAUUCGUCCAUCUCAUCAAACCCCUAUACGACAGCACCACCCCCAGGACUUAACACAGUAGACAUGAACAACGCUCAACAGCUGCAACAGCUCCAGCAACUCCAGCAGCAGCAGAUUCAGCAACAAAUCCAUCAGCAGCAGCAGCAACAACAACAACAACAACAACAACAACAACAACAACAACAACAACAACAACAACAACAACAGCAGCAGCAGCAGCAAUCGGGUAUGCUCCAUCCCAACUACAACUCCUCCGCCAUGAGCAAUGAUGGAGGUGCGUUGCUGCCUGGUAGCUCGCACCGCCGAUCAUCAGGCCGUGACGAGUUCGACGGGCCCCACCAAUUGCUGGCCAAGCCCACCAACUCACACCUCGAGACACCGGAGUCGGAGUUGAUCCAGCUGCCUGUAUCUCUAUAUGCCGAGGAGCAAGACUCGAUCCUGACGCGUGUCAACGACCGCCUGUCGCAAUGCGCUUACGACUUUGUAGCGAAAUACCAGUUCCCCAUCCCACUGGAGCCUGACAAGAGACCCGUCCGCGUUCCUGCCGAUCGCGAAUGGACGGAAUGGUGCUAUCUACUCAAGCGCCUGGCGACCAAACGCCGCAUUCCAGCCCGUGUGCUCUACAAUGGACAAAUCAAGCAGCUGGUCACCGUGUUGGAAAACUCGCUCGAGAUGAGGCAUGCGGCCAAGCAUCAAAGCAGACCUUUGAAAGACGAUCGCAACGUCCUGCAGCUUAUCUCUGCAGGCCUGCAGGUUUCAAAGAUGCUCAAGGACCCUGACGCCAUGAGGUAUCUGGAUGAGCUAUAUGUUGCUGCCGAGCGCUUGAUCGAGAGCAGACGUGGUAACCAGUCAUCUUGAGAGCUUACUUCCUUCAGCUGCAAGCCACUCUUCAGACAUUCCCUGCACUGUUAUACUGUAUAACACAUCACAAAUGGCUUGAGAAACUCUGCAUCUCCGAUCGGCCUAAACAGAACAUUUGAGAUGUUCUUGUCACACAAAGAAGCCCAACGGCUCUUCACGUUUCAGCCCCUCAAAGCCACAUUUAUGCCGGUACUGGAC